UGGCCCUUUCUCUCCACGCCCAUUUCCCGCAUCGCUACACACUUGCUCUAACGAUGGCUUCUUCAAUUCAUCACUUUCUCUGCUCUGCUCUGCUACUUUUACUCCUCUCCCCAUCUAUUGCUCAACAAUCUUUCCGCCCCAAGGCCCUAGUCGUUCCAGUCACAAAAGAUAGUGCCACUCUCCAAUAUGUCACCCAAAUCAAACAAAGGACCCCUCAAGUGCCCAUCAACCUUGUUGUUGAUCUUGGUGGCCAGUUCUUGUGGGUUGACUGUGACAAAAAUUAUGUGUCAUCUACAUACCGUCCAGCACGUUGUGGCUCAGCACUCUGCUCAUUGGCUAGAGCUGGUGGCUGCGGUGAUUGUUUCUCAGGGCCUAGGCCAGGUUGCAACAAUAACACAUGCGGUGUCAUUCCUGACAACACAGUGACUCGCACCGCCACAGGUGGUGAACUAGCAACAGAUGUUGUGUCUGUCAAUUCGACCAACGGGUCAAACCCUGGCAGGGAAGCGUCCGUGCCACGUUUCCUAUUCUCUUGUGCCCCCACAUUUUUGCUUCAGGGUCUUGCUAGUGGUGUUGUUGGUAUGGCUGGACUUGGCAGAACUAGAAUCGCAUUUCCUUCACAAUUUGCUUCUGCCUUCAGCUUCAACAGAAAAUUUGCAAUUUGUUUAACAUCUCCAGCACCCGCAAAAGGUGUCAUAAUCUUCGGUGAUGGUCCUUACAACUUCCUUCCUAACAUUCAAUUGACAUCCCAGUCACUCUCCUUCACACCACUCUUCAUCAACCCAGUAAGCACAGCUUCAGCUUUUAGCCAAGGCGAGCCUUCAGCUGAAUAUUUCAUUGGUGUUAAAUCUAUCAGGAUUAGUGACAAAACUGUCCCAUUGAAUGCAACAUUGCUGUCUAUUGAUAGCCAAGGCAAAGGUGGCACAAAAAUUAGCACAGUGAACCCGUACACUGUCCUGGAGUCUUCUAUUUUCAAUGCUGUGACCAGGGCUUUUAUCAAUGAGUCUGCAGCUAGGAACAUCACAAGGGUGGCUUCUGUUGCACCUUUUGAUGUGUGCUUUAGCAGCGACAACAUUUUUAGCACACGUCUGGGGGCUGCUGUGCCAACUAUUUCUCUUGUUUUGCAGAAUGAGAACGUGAUCUGGAGAAUAUUUGGUGCAAACUCAAUGGUGCAAGUCAGCGACAAUGUGUUGUGUCUCGGAUUUGUUAAUGGUGGUUCAAAUCCCACGACUUCAAUUGUUAUUGGAGGGUAUCAGCUCGAGGACAAUCUCUUUCAGUUUGAUUUGGCUGCAUCAAGACUCGGGUUUAGCUCUCUGCUCUUUGGCAGGCAAACUACAUGUGCCAACUUCAAUUUCACCUCCAUUGCCUAGGGGUUUCACCAUGAUGCUUCACGAAAUAUAUUUCUUUUCAAUGUUAUACACAAAUUACACUCUGUAAAUAAGCGGCCAUUGUUUUUUCUUUUGGCUUGGCGAACAAAUAAGUGACCCCAAAAUUUCUUAGCAGACACGUUUGUAAUGUAAGCUAUAUAUCCCAUUUUCUCUUAAAUUUAAUAAAACAUGAUGUUUGCAA